AAUUUCUUUUGUUGUUUCACGGAAUUCAUAACGUGAUUUUCCUGUUGUAUAGCGCGUACUCAAAUAAUUUGAAUCUCAUGUCCCCCAUUUCUCCUGAUAAUGGAACACAAAGAAGAGGCUCCAAAAUCGUUUGAGGUCUGUCUUCGUUCUCUCAAUUCAGACAUAUUUACAGAUCAAUACGACGCCAUCAAGGUAGCAUGCCAAAAUGUUCCCCAAGGCUACACAGAACAGCAUCUUACCGAAGAAUUGAAAAAGUACCAGUAUUAUCUAAACGAACUCGAACGCUAUCUUUCUCUGAAAGUCGGCAGCGAAUAUUGGUGUUUCGAGAAUGCAAUGAAUAAUACAAAAUUACUCAGCGUACGCGUCAACGAAUGUUUUGAACUGUGCAAUGAAGUGAAGAAGAACAUUGGCGAAUCUCGCACUUCGCUUGCCUUGAAUGGCCUAAAGAUCAUCUCUUUGUUCCUAUCUCGCCAGAGAAAUUUCGACCUGCUUCACCUUAUGGUAAGGCUGGUUAGGUUCUUGAAGCUUACGAAAAUGAUGAGGGACAAGAUGCAGAAAAGUGAGUUCAAUGUGGCACUUGUGAUAUACAAAAAAAUAAGAUACAACUCAAAAAAAUUGGAAGGAAUCAAGUGCAUCAAAAGGGCUGUGUCCAGGCUCGAGGGCGAGAAGAAUGAACUUUACAUUCAGGUAAAUACAGCUCUGAAAAGUCUCGUUUUGAAUAACUUCGAUGCUGAGUUGUAUAAGAGUAUCCUGAUGGCGCUCAUUGUGAUGUGCAGGGCCGAGACGUAUCAGGUGAUUGAGGCACAUAAGAUUGCAUUUAGCCAGUCGAUUGACCAUGCCAUUACUCGAGCACUCAUAGACAGAGUUCUUCUUGACUCGGAAAGUGUCUUCAACGCAAAGGAUUUGGAAAAGCUUAGGCUUUCCACGCUGUGCAAAAAAAUAGAUGCGUCUCAUCUCCCGAUGUGCAUCAAACCGAUACUCGAGAACUUUGAAAAGUACCUGCGAAUAUACCAUGAAAUUAUCGAACGGCUAGAUUGGAGCCCGCUGCAGGAUGAAAUGAUGGUGCACAUUUGCCGUGAGUUGAAAAGAGCGCUUAUUAGGCACAGAUGUAUUAUGUGGGAGAAAGAAAUAGUGGAAAACUUGAUGGUUAUGUUGCUUUCGAUAGAUAUGAGUAAGAUUGAAAUUGAUUUGUUUUUGGACGUGAUGAAGCUAUUGUCGAGGUUUGCAAUGAGCGUCGAAGAGCUGAAUGAUCAAUUUUUGCUGAGUUUAAACAGUAAAUUUAGAGGUUACGUUGCGUCUCAUUUGGAGAAGCUUCACCAAUUCAGCAUAGAGCAGCUUCGUGGCGCGUUAGAAAGAAGAGAAUGGGCGGACCUAGGUGAAUCAGAAAGAUGCAGAGCUGAAUACAAUUCGAUAGUUGAGAGCAUCACCCGGGAAUGGGCGACUCAGCAACGGCUUCAACAGGGUAAAAUAAAGCUGAAUUUUUUUGUUAGAAGAGAAGCGUCUGCACCUUUUUCAGUAACAAAAGCCGACCAAUGUCGAGUGGGAGAUAAUAGCCUGAGACAGCUUUUCAAGUACGAGUGGGAAGAGGUGCCGGAGAUAUUGACAGGUACAACGGACGAGGUAGAACAGUCGACCAUUUUGAAUAACAAGAACAUUGUUGAAUUAUUUGCAAAGUGUAAGAGAGAGAGCGCAUCAAAUGGUCCUAUUGUACUUCGUGCGGUUCAUAUGCUCAUUAAGUAUCUAGCGAUAUACCUCCACUUGAUGCAAUUGAUACCUCACGUUAGGAUGAAAAUUUUAAAAGCGCUCGUUCAACUAGUUCAAUACUUCAUUUUUGGCAUGCGCUCGGUUUUUUUUGAGUCUUUUUCGUCUCUCCAAUCGGUGAGCCAAGGCCUUAGAUUGGGGCCGCUGAAAGAAGGCCUCCAAGAGGACGACUUGAUCCAAGAUUUUCUGGAUUUUCCUACGAGUUUUGCUUUUGGAGACGAGAACGAGGAUGGCUUUACCGACGCUCAAAAGGGAUCUCGUUCGUUUCGGUUCAGCAUGGAUCGCCCGCUUGCCAGCGCCUCGGCGGAGGCAGAGGCGAGUUCAACCGAAUUGAGCGAUCAGGGUUUUGAGAUAAGGGCAUCGUAUCUAGUGGUUGCCGCCGAAUCUUUAGCCUUUCUCGGGCGAAUCCUUUACGAGAUCGAGCCGGUUUUGGAAGACGUUGUGGGCGAAAUUGAUGAGGAGAGGGGUCGCGGACAGAUGAGAGUUUUGGCUGAGCGCACAGCAUUGUUGAGAAAAUCUGUUAUGAGACAUUUUAUAGCUACGUUCAUAUCGGAGGACUACGUUGAUUGGGUGGUGGAACACGAUUGGAAGGAGGACGUCGAUGGGAACGGGGGGUUGAGCCGAGUUCGUCAAAUGAAUGGUGCGAUUCAGGAGUGUGCUCAAUGCCUGAGAAGGCUCGGCGCGUCUCUGGCGAUUCCGGAGCAUAUGCUAUCAGAGUAUCUAGAAGAGUCGGUGCGAUACGUUAUGGAGAUGUGCGUAGAAGGGUUCUCGAGAGUCGGGACGUGCGACCAGAACGAAUACGAGGCGAUAUAUGAGCACUUUCAAGCGAUCAAAUCGAGUUUGGGUCGUUUUUUUGGUUCAGAAAAUUGGGCGUGGGUAGAGGAGUACAUGAAUGCGUACCAGGCAUCUGAGGAGGGUGUGCUUGCGUUUAUUAAGAGUUUCCAUACGAGAUAUACCAGGGGGCAAAUAGGUAGGUUGAUAGCUCUCGGGCAUUGGCCGGAGGAAGUAAAAAGAAGGGCAUUGGCUUUUGCAGAGACGCCCGGUUCCAAAAAUUGCUGA